AUGCAUAAUUAAACUUAUUUCAAGAAGCAAAGAAAGCAUUCACUGCCAUUUGAGAACCAAUCACCAACAAUUAGAUGGUCAUACUAAUACUGUCUACUCAGUCUGUUACUCUCCUGAUGGAAAUACAUUAGCUUCUGGUAGUAGUGACAAAUCUAUCCGUCUAUGGGAUGUCAAAACAGGAUAAUAAAAAGACAAAUUAGACGAUCAUACUAAUGCUGUCUACUCAGUCUGUUUCUCUCCUGAUGAAAAUAAAUUAGCAUCUGGUAGUAGUGAUAAGUCUAUCUAUAUAUGGGAUGUAAAAUAAGGAUAAAAAAUUUAAUCCACCGAUAAACACUACAAAGAUCUUUUAAAAUAAUUUUAGAUUCCACUACAAUAACAUAACCAUAUUUUCGAAGGUAGUAUUUAUCAUCUAUUUUAUUUUUAGCUUCAAAUUACAUGACUACCCUUCUUAUUUCCAAGAAGGCAAUGUUUCAAGUUAAAGGAGCUUUAAUUCUGAAAGGACAAUUUAUGAAUCAAUCAGGGUUUGAUUUAAAGACAUUAUUUAAACAAAAAGGAAGUUUCAUUUUAGAAGAUUUUAAAUAACAGUGA